AUGUUCCAACAAAUCGUUGUCAUUUUCGCUGUUUUGCUCACAUCGUUCGCUUACCCAGCUGAAGAGGAUGAAAUCAAGAAGCUGGAGAUCCUCGAUGAGAUGACACCAAAGGACGUAAAGGAGGUAAAGGACACUCUUACUGAUUCUGAAUUGGAUGUUAUGAAAAAUCUAAAUGAAAGCAAGUAUAAAACUGAUGAUGAGCUUUUCGCUGCUAUCAAGCAGAAAGCACCAGGCCUUGCUGCAAAACUAGUUAAAAUGAGAGACCAAAUCAAAAAGAGGAUCGACCUCCUUAAACCUGAAGCCAAAGCUUUUAUUGAUGAAAUUUUCAUGAAACCAAGAAAAGGAAAGAAACUGGAGGGAGAGAUAUCAAGAAAGGAGCUCAUCAAGUUUCUUAGCAAGGAUGCGCUUGACACAAUGAAUAAGUACAAAAAACUGUCUAAGGAAGCUAAAUCCGACAUUCGCAAGCAGUUUCCAAAAUUCGCCAGAGCUCUCGAGAGUAAGUUAUCGUUAUGCUAUACCAUUAGGUCAUAAAG